UAUCGAUAUACCUUAGGAAUGAAGUUGAAGGUGCAGCAGGUGUAGACUUAUAAUCAUGAAGACCAUUUGCAACCACCGGCCCAUACACAGAACAACCAUUUGCAAUGACCAAAAAGGCCACAGAUAUUUGGUGGUCCGGCGAUAAUUAGCUACAAAUAUGUAAAGUCCAGUUCGUGGAUAUUUGCUAUAAGUGCUCAUUAAUGAACGUUCCUCAUUAAUUAGGUGUAGUUGUAGCCAAAAUACAAGAAAAACUUGAUAUGUUCGUCUAGGCUAAUAGUAUUUUUCAGCCAACAGAGAAUAUAGGCUAGAUCGUGGCCGUGGCCUCGGAGUGGUCAGGCAAACCAUUAACCAUGGCUAAUCGUAGGGCAAUAUUAACAGUGGCUGCUAGUCAAAACCAGAAUGUACUAAUAAUCUUCAACAAGAUGAUGCUAAUUAACCUGCAAAGUGCAUCCAAAACCAAAAAGAUACGAGGAAUCUGUGUGUUUAUUGUUGUAUCCUUGUAAAAUUGGCCUGCACUAGAAAGUCAAAGGAGCAGAGAUAUUGCUCAGAGCCUCAGAGAAAGUGCCCUCCCAUGUUCCUUCCUCUUUCUUCUUAUAUCCAACUGUCCAGGCAAUCAAUCAGUAUUCACAAGACUAUAAUAGAAUAUUGAAAUUUAAAAUCAAAAAUUUUAUCCUAUGUGUGCUUUUGUGAGAUCAAUAAGGCACAAUAAAUAUCAAAAACUAUCACGAUCAAGCAGAUUUAAUCAAGAGACGACACUUACUUAAAGCACAGCUUCACAACGUGAAGGUCUCAACUUGACAUUUUUGCACCCAUCAAAAAUCAAAAUCAACACACAUGGAAGCACGAACAUUCUCCGUAUAUAUACAUAACAGACAAACAAACGUGUAUUCACAUUCACAUACUCUUGCCUUAAACACAAAACCCUAAACAAAUGGGAAACUCUUUGAGAUGCAUCUCGCAAGACCAAGAACAGAACCAGAAGAAACCCACCGUCGUCAACGGAGGAGGAGAGAGUAGCAACUCCGAGAAACACGUGCGCAGGCUGUCGCUGAUACCAUCUUUCCGUCGCCGGACAUUACUACCGUCUCUCUCCUGCGCCGGAUCAUCAACGUCUGGAUCGUCCACGUCGAAGAAAGGAGGUGUCAAGACGAAGAAGAAGAUCAGAGAAAGACACCACCAAGAGCAUCAUCACCAUGAUAACGAGAAAGACUCUCGUAUCCAAGAACAAACCUUAGCUGCUACAAAUGUGCUCUUUAGCCAGACGCCUCGUAACAGCAACUCUGCUCCUCCUUUUAGACGGUCCACAUCCGUCGUCUAUCCAUCCUCUCAGCCACCUCCCUCCGCCGUGGCCGCCGUCACAGGUUCUGUUUCUGGCGUCCUGACUCCUAAGAAGUCUACAUGUGGAUUCGUGAGGAGCUCCAGCAAUAGGCAGAGAUCAAGCACUGAUCCUGUUCUCAAACCCAACCAGCUUCUAGACAAGGAGCUGAAGGUGGAAGGUGCGGAUACGAAGCGGUUCGUGCUGGUUCAUGGAGGAGGGUUUGGGGCAUGGUGUUGGUACAAAACCAUAACACUCUUAGAGAAACAUGGCUUUCAAGUGGACGCCGUUGACUUGACCGGUUCUGGUGUUAGUUCCUUCGAUACCAACAACAUCACCAGCCUGGCUCAGUAUGUCAAACCCCUCCUCCACUUCUUCGACACCUUGAAACCCACAGAAAAGGUGAUUUUAGUGGGACAUGAUUUUGGAGGAGCAUGUAUGUCGUAUGCCAUGGAGAUGUUCCCUUCUAAGAUCUCUAAGGCUGUUUUCAUCUCUGCUGCUAUGUUGGCUAAUGGCCAAAGCACCCUUGAUCUCUUCAAUCAACAGCCUGAGUCAAGUCAUGAUCUGAUGGAACAAGUCCAUCUAUUCUUGUACGCCAACGGCAAAAAGAGCUCACCAACAGCCGUUGAUUUCGACAGAUCUUUGCUUAGGGAUUUUUUCUUUAAUCAGAGCCCUCCAAAGGAUGUUGCAUUGGCGUCGGUGUCCAUGAGACCGAUCCCGUUCGCACCAGUAAUCGAGAAGCUACACGUGUCUGAGAAGAAUUACGGUUCAAUCCGACGGUUCUACAUCAAAACCAUGGAAGAUGAUUACGCUGUUCCGGUUUGUCUCCAAGACGCGAUGAUCAAAUCAAACCCUCCAGAACAAGUAUUCCAGCUCAAAGGAUCCGAUCACGCACCAUUUUUCUCUCGUCCUCAGUCCUUGAACCGAAUACUCGUCGAGAUUUCUCAAAUUCCUUCCAAAAAAUCUUCCUAAACAUGUAACCGGUUAUGUCAAAACCAAACCGUACCGGACAUAGGAUCCCGUAAACGUAAAGCUAGAGAUUGCCGGAUUUGAUUUCUUGGAGUUUGCUGCAGAGAUAUGAACAUCCCAUAUGCUAUCCUUUUUCAUUAUUUG